GAACUAGGUAUCAACCUAUGCCAAGAAAAAAAUUCACAAGGGAUGCUUCUUCUGGUGAAUCAUCGAAAACACCUGGAAGAUCUCUUUAUGCAUUGUCGUCCAAAAACGGUAUUAGUAAACACUCUGAACAUAUCGUUGCUGGUGAUUGUGUUCCUGAAGUAAAGAGCGAUGAAGUCCUUAGCGCUCCUGAAGGAACCCCUGAUGCAACGGAAGGAGAUAGUGAUGGUUUCAAUGAAGAUGAAACAGACGAUGAUAGAGAUUUUGGAUCUAUACCAAUAAGAUCACGUCAACGGUUCACUACUUCUGAAAAAAAGGAACUCGAAGAUUUUUAUCGAACUAACGAUAGACCUAACACUAAUGAGAAACAGAUGUUUGCAGACAGGUUCCGUACAACGCCCGGUCGCAUUCAAAUUUGGUUCCAAAACAGACGUGCGAAGCAAAAAAAGAUGGUCGAGGGAUCUAGCACUGAAAAAAUUGACAAUGGUUAUCCAAAUGAGGCUGAGAUUGGAAUGGAGCGAAGAGAAACUUAUGAUAAACGGCGAGCCAAAGCAGCCAAAUCAGCCAGCCCGGGCGAGGGUAGCCAUAACACAACGCAACACUAUUUAACAAAAAGGCGAAAAUCAAAUAUUGACGUAUUAAGAACUAGUCAGGAACAGCCUCACCUGCAAAACCUACAUAGCCUUCCCAUGAUGUCUCCAAUGCCGCAAUUUUCGUAUCUGCAACCAUUUGCAAAUCCAUACAAUAUGCCUCGAGACAGUAUGGUUCCCAACGCUGAGAUAGGUCCUUCGAUGUUUCCUCCACCUUUCCCAACGGAUAGAUUUGUCGUCACACCUCAUCCUGCAAUUGUCCGUUUACAGCAGGCAUACCCAGAUCAAAGACUCCCUAUAAACCCGGAAGAAGCGUACGUAGAUCCAAUUGACACCGAAAUAGGGCAUAAUCUAGGUGAGCAUUGUAGGGAAAUCAAUACGGAUGAUAUUACGCCAAGCCCAGUCAAGAAUUCUGAAGCCAAAACUUUAGGUUCAAGUCAUAAAGAGCCCCCAGAUAAAAUUUAGGUAUACAUAUUUUGAAAGCGCUUUUUCCCAACAACACUAG